AUGUCCGUCGUCGAGGCAUGCCCUCACAGGCUCACUCAAUCACAGACGCUAGCCAUGCAAGCGUAUCUACAACAGGUGUUUGAGGGGAAAAUCGACUUCGAGGGGCAGAAAAAGGUGGAGACGCUAGUCAGGACAGUUAUCAUCGCUGCAACGAUUGGUUCAUUUCUGCUCGGUUUUGCUCUCCAAUCGCUACGUAUUACGCUUGGCGCGUUUUCUAUCGCGUGCGUCGUUCUGUAUCUGAUCGUUAUACCUCCUUGGCCGAUGUACAGGCGACAUCCAGUACAGUGGCUUCAAGCGAAGCAGGGAAAGGUACAAUGA